AUGAAAGGACAAAUCGUGGCCGAUUUUAUAGUCGAACAUGGACUAGUUGAACUAUCAGAAAAUCUGGUCGAUCAACCUAACUGGAAGUUGUUUUUUGAUGGUUCCAAUCAUAAAAAUGGAUCAGGAAUUGGAGUCUUGAUUAUUUCUCCUCAAGGACUUCCAACUAAGUUCCACUAUAGAAUGAAUGGUGUAUGUUCUAAUAACAAAGUCGAAUACGAAGCUUUGAUAACUGGUUUAAAACCUCUAAUAGACUUGGGGGCAACGCGAGUUGAAAUCCGAGGUGAUUCUGAGCUUGCGAUUCGACAAAUUAAGAAAGAAUAUAAAUGCAUCAAAGAAAAUUUAAUAGUUUGUUAUGCAAUAGUAGUACGCUUGUUGGAGAAAUUUGAAUAUGUUGAGAUCUUGCAUGUACCAAGAUCCGACAACUAUGUUGCCAAUGAAUUGGCACAAAUUGCUUCAGGAUAUAGAGUUUCCAAACGUAAGCUAAAAGAUAUGGUCGAAAUCAAAGAGAAGGAAACUCAGGAAGUGUUGGAUAAGAUAGGACAAUUGUCGACACCAAAACUUGGGGGGGUAGAUGACAAAAUUAGUAAAAAUGAAGAUUCGGAUAUUGUGGAAAUUUUUGCCAUCGACAACAUGGCAGAUUCUGAUUGGAGAAACUCAUUAGUCCAAUACUUAAAUAAUCCAGUUGGAGGAACUGAUCGAAAAAUUAAAUACAGAGCUUUAAAUUAUGUGAUAUUGGGAAACGAGUUAUACAAGAAAACGGCUGAAGGUGUAUUGUUAAAAUGCUUAAGUGAAGCCGAAGCAUAUCUGGCUGUGUCAGAGGUCCAUAGUGGUGCUUGUGGAGCCCAUCAGUCAGGCUAUAAAAUGAAGUGUUUAUUGUUUAGACAAGAAAAUUUCAAAGGUCUUUCCUAG